GGUGAGGCUGUUCUCCUGGGUCCAGCCCCCUCACUCCACGCCGAGAGAAAUCCGCUAUGGGCACCGGCGCCCGACGGAGCGCCCUCGCUGUAGCCUUUGCUCUCCUUCUCCUGCGCCCCCCAGUGUCCGCGAGGGGGCAGCGGCAGGUGAGGCUAAUCCUUCCCCAGGCGCGCUUGGUUUGGGCGGCUUUCUGAAUCCAUCUGCCUCUCCCCGGCCUGAGCGCGACCAAGCGUGGGAUCUGUCGGGCGGGCUGAGGGGAGGGAGUCGGAGCGCGCGCGCGCGCGCGAGGAGAAGUUGAGACUUUCCUAACUCCCUCCCGGGCGGCGGACGGUGGCGCUUGGCGGGUCUCCGGAGCCUGGCGUGGCGCGGGGAGGGCGAGUCCGUGCCUCCCUCACAGCCGGUGCUGAGCUCCGUGGCGCCGGCGGCAGCGCCGCUUACUUCCUCCUCCUCCGUGCUGCCUCGUUGGGGCGCCGCAGGUGAGGAGAAUUUUCGGUGAGAAGGACUUUCCGGGAGGAAGUGUGCGGGCUGGGUUGCUUGGAGGGUGGGACGGAUGGGACGGCCGGUGUGUUUCAUCCUUUUGGCUUCGCCUCUUGGUUCUGGCUGGUGUUUCCUGAGUAGGGGGCUGCUGUCUGGGAUGUUAGUUCUUGGAGUGGUAGAGGCUCGAGUUUGGCGCGAAAGAGGCGCUGUUUCUGCCAUGGGCUUCGCAAGGACCUGAGAAAUGCUCCGGCCCCGAGUCAGGCCAGAGGCUCAUCUUGUCCGGCCACCUGUUUCUGCCCCCCCCCCAUGAUCCUGGGGCCCCGGAAAGCUUCCACAUCAGCUUUGAAUCUGGAAGGGAUCCCGAGGGUCAUCCAGUCCAACCCCUUCAAUGCAGGAAUCUCAGCUAAAGCUUCUGUCCUGCUUUCCUCGCUCUCCUUCCAAGUAAUAUUCAGAGGGACAAUAUUUCCAGCCUUUAGCUAGAAUAGUUAUCUAGGCUCAUGUGCAGUCCUCUAAAAGCGCAAACGUGCUGUUGACAUGAUUAUUUUUCUCCAAUGAACUCUGUAGUUCAGGAAGGCAGAAAAUAAGCACAUAAAGUUGUCCCCUCCCUGCUGAAUUCUAUGCUGGAAAAUGCAUCACCUGUUGAAUUUUGGUUUGUCAGGCAGCGACUGCCGGUAAAUACAUAGAGAUCCAGUGGUGAUGGUGAUGAUAACAAAUCACUUGCUACAUUCCAUCUCAGAAAAGGUUUGCUAACCGAACAAUUCAUUUGGGUGAUGCAGCUCUGCAGCCAGUGUUGUUCAAACCAUUUUGGGGGUGGUAAGGUAAGGUUCAAAAAUGGCUUUGUUGUGCUUUAAUUCUAAGGCAGCCUUCCCCAGCCUGGUGCCCUUCAGAUGUUUUGGACUGCAAUUCCUAUCGGUUCCAGCCAGCACAGAGGCUAAUGGGAGUUGUAGUCCAAAGCGUAUGAAGGGCCCCAACUUGGGACAAGUUGUUAGAAAAUAAUGAACUCAUCGACAUGACUGCAACACUGGGCCCUGCUGCAUCAUGGUCAGUGUUUGAACUCCUGAAGUCUUCCUUUCCUUGCAAUCGUUUGCAUUUUCUUGCUGUGCUCUUGCCCAUAUACUGUUGGCUAUGACUGAGGUUGGCAGAGGGGAAGGUGGAAGUAUUCAGAUGACAGGUAGGGCAUAUGCCUCCUAACCUUCUGUGCCAGCCCCCUAAGCUACUGUUUGAAGGUUAUGGGGUGGCAUGAUUUGGCUAAAAUUGGGUGAGGAGGGAGUUAAGGGCAUGAGCUUGUGGAUUGCAUUAAGGGCCUCUUAUUUUCACCUCUGUGUCCUCUGUCCUAACUCCAGAACAUCCCUGUGGACUACAUUAUCCACCCACAUCCCAACUUGGACAAGGAAGUUGGUGCUAUUUCAUGUCCACCCCCCCCCACACCACUGCAGUCUUUUCCUGGUUGACUUCUGAGCUGCACCAACUCACUAACACCUUUGCUUUAUUGCAGGCAGGCAGUUGAGCUCCCUGGUCUGGUGGGGCAAAAUUCUCAAAUCCUUUGCAUCCAAGGGAAGGGUGAAAAGAAACCGUUGCAGAGGCCAGCUGUCCUUCUAGGGCACUGCACAGGCAGGGAUUCCUGUGAAGGAAAUGAUCUGAAGCUCCUCAGGAUCUUUCUGAGCUUGCCCAGGAACUUUGAAAGGGCCCUGCAUUUCUACUACCAAGAUGGCUCUGCAAAACUUCACACAACCUCAAUAUCACCCACAACCCACUGGCCCAAGUGGUGGUCUGCUGGACUUGUACAGUAUGGUGCACUCCUUCCUAGGGAUGGUACAACCCAACACCUUCCCAGCAGGUAAGUGGUAUAGCAAGGCAGGUUUUGCCAGACCAGGUCUUCCCUAUUAUCAAGGGCUACUGUGGUACAGAAUAAAAUUGGGUUAUGAGCCUGUGAAGGGAAAACAUAUCUUCUCCAAAGACUGUGAUCAACAGCUUAUUUUCUCCAUUAUGCACACAGAUCCUACUUUCCAAGCACCCACUAGGUGAAUAUUCACUUACUGAACAUGAGGAAUUAACACCUGAACCUCGCUAUACACAUCACAGAUUCAGAUAUCAGAACCGAGAGCAUUUUUUCCUUCCUUGUUUGCUUGUUGGAGAGAGGGGAAACUGAUGGGACAAAUCAGAGUGCAUUUUGCAGAGGGAUUUCCUGGUUUAAUUUUUGCGGGGGUGGGGGGAGUCAAAAUUCAAUGAUCAGGAAUGCGUUAUAUAUUUCCCCAUAGGAAUAAAUGGAGAUCAAUGACUUGUUAUUCAAAUGCUUGCCAAACAAACGAUUUCAGGGAACACAUUGUGUUUAGUUGGCAGGACCUGCACGUACUGAGAAGUUCCCUUUGGGAUAGAUGUUGCAGUUGACAACUUUCCCAGGAUGAGACAAGAAUUGAUAACUGAUAAGAGGUGUGGAUGGCAAACAACUUUUGAGUUUCCAGUACCUUACUAUGGCACAAUGCAGGGAUAUACUGUCUACCUAGUGCUGGAGACAAAGGGCUAUACCCUGCAAAGUUGGCCUGUUAGUGCGUGGAGUUCCACCUGUACAGCAGUACUGCCUCUCCCCAUGUACACCCACACCCACAAUCUUUAGGAUUGGGGAAAACCCUGGAACAGAUUUGUGAGUGUGUAGACGAGAGGGAGAGGAAUUCCCAUUACACUUGUGGAAGUUCUUGUACUAACGGGAUGACUUUGGAUACAACCAGAAAACUGUAUUUUACUACGCUAGGAUGAGAUAUUGUGUCUUUUGUUUUCGGAGUCCAUACUUGUGACAGUAUGACUAAAAAAGUGGGUGGAGGAGAUGAUGGGGCAUAAUUUACACAUCAGUGAGUCUGGCAGAUAGAAGCCACAUACCAUUAGCUGCUGGGUGCGUUUAUUGUGCAAUAUUCCUUCCUCAAAUGUUGAAAAAAUAUGAGCCAACCUUUGGAGAGUCUUCAUAUCUACUGAGAGAACAGCAUGCAAUGCAAUUCUGUGCAUGUCUGUGCAGAAGUAAGCUCCAGUGAGCUUAAUGGGAAAUGCUCCUGUGUAAGUGGGCACAGGAAUGUGGCUUUUAUUUCUCCCCUUGCUCCAUUUGCCUGCUUGCUUGUUUCAGGCUCCUGUGCCAAUCGCCAGAACAGGUUUUUUUAAGUGUAAAAAAAAAAAAAAUCUUAAAAAGAAAAAUAAAUUGCUGAACAAAUGUUUGAUGACUUAUUCAUGCAGGCACUUGAGAAAACAACACAAAAUGAAAACGGUGUCUGAAGCACAGGAGACAAUAGGCACCUAGUUUAUAACUACUGUGUGUGUCCUUUGAGGAGGGAAGGCAGAGGGAAGCAGCAGGCACCCUGCAGCAAAACAAAAGUCCACACCCACUCCUGUUUCUGUAUACGUCUUUGUGCAGUUUAAGAGGAGCCACAUAACUAACUUUCAGCCUGCCCACAUGCAUUUUGCAUGAUAAACCUCCAAGCUGUGUCAUGCUUUCUAAUAAAUGGCGCCAGACUUUCAUGUAAAACUCCAGCAGAAGGUCUUAGAGGUCUCUGGCGAGAAAGAGAGAGGGAGUAUCCAGAGACAGCUCUGAACAUAUUGGUUCCGGUGACAGAAAAUACAAAUGGCCCCUCACUACCAAUGAUUUGUUUAAUUGCAUCUCUGCCCAUUUCACAUAUAAUCAUAGCUGUCAACUUUUCCCUUUUCUUGCGAGGAAUCCUAUUCGGAAUAAGGGAAUUUCCUUAAAAAAAGGGAAAUGUUGACAGCUAUGCAUAUAAUUGCAGUUUACAGGCAGCCUUCAAAUGCAGCCCCACAUACAGUCCUAUGCAGUAGUCAAACCUGGAAGUUACCAGAGCAUGGAUAACUACAGCUAAAGGCUCUCUGAGGUCAGAGCACAGGUCACCUGACACCACCAGCAUGGCCUUGUCAUUUAAAAAUGUCCCUCAUUCUCUGUGUUAUAUAUGAAUAGGAGGGAGACAUGAUUAAAGAAGCGUGGCAGCCUUUGCUUCAUCUAGUUUGGCCUUGAGGUAGGCUGUGUUAUCUGGGAUAAUCACGAAGAAGGCCCUGAGAUUAUGAUUUCUUCUUGUGAUGCAACUUAAAACGUUGUUGGGUCCUCUUUUUGUAGCAGUGUGUUGCAUGCUGACUCAUGUUCUGUUUGUGGUUAGCAACCUUAACUUCGUGACCUUCCCAACAGUUACUGACUCGUGCUCCUUUAAAGACCAGACACAGACAGACUCCUAAAAUCAAUGAUUUAGCUAGUCACAAUUUAAAGGUUUGUUGUUUGUUGUUUGUUUAGCUAGUCACAAUUUAAUGGUUUGUUGUUUGUUUAGCUAGUCACAAUUUAAUGGUUUGUAAUAGCUAGUGAGGAUUGGUGCCCCUUUUGACCUUCAAACCAUCAAAUUGGUUAGGUAUGAAUAAGAUCCCUGCCCUUAUGGGAAAAAUUGACUCACAAAUUAAGACUGGCAAGAGGAACAAAGCACAAAGAUACCUUUGCUGGGAAAUGCUAGAGCCUUACUUCAUCCACAAAUUCUCCAGAAAAGCAAAGACCAGUUCCAACUCAUGGAUCACUUAAUAAGAUUUUUUUUUAAAAAAAGCAGAUGUAUACUGUUUUAAGUUUAGGUGUAUGUACAGGAAUACAGGUUUUCAUAAUGUAUUUUUGGGGCACGUGAAAUGUAAAAGGGGGAAAUGAACAAGGUCCAGCCUAAGAACAGCCAUGCUGGAUUAGUUUGAAGGUCUAGCUGGGUCUGCUUCCAAGACUGGCCAUCUUGGAUGCUUCAGGUAAGGGAUGAAGCCAAAAGCUUCCUCUUUGUUGUUGGUCCCCAUAUAUGGUAUUCAGAGGUUUAUUGCUGGGGGGAGGGGUGCAUUGUCAGUCCUGGGGCCACAUUCCCUUCCAGGCAACCUUCCAAGGGUUGCAUGCCAGUAAUGGGUGUGGAAAAAGGAACACGUGGGUAGAGCAAUUAAUGCAAAUAUUACUUUUCCUAGAUAAGGCUAUUUUCCUAACACGCACUCACACUCUCUUUCAUCCAUCCAGGCAGGCAAGAGGUGUUACCAGAGUUCAGGGGCUCAUUCCUGCCAGGCAAAAGCAUUAGGUCUGCAGAGGAGAGCCAACGAGGGGUGUGGCCUGGGGAGAGUUCUGACUGUGAGAUAGAGACACUUGGAGGAUAACAUUAUGCCCCUGGGCCUGAGGUUCCCUACUCUUUGCCUCAUGCCUCUGACAAGCGAGGUUCCUUUUAGCCAUUGUAGCUAAUAGUGAUUAAAAGAUGCAAUGCUUUUAAAAAGCUGUAUAAGGGCUGAAUGAGGUGUGCGGGGAAACAUUUCAUUUUCAGAACGGCUCAUAACAGCUUCUAACAUGCCAUUUGCUGCCAUUGUUGGUGCUCCCUGCUGGGUUUAUAUUUGCAAUGUGCCACAGUCCCUAAAUUUGGCUAAUUAUGGCCAGUUCAGGAACCCACCAGUCUAUCUGUGAAAUGUUGGGUUUUAUUGUCCAGAUCACAUAUGCUACACAGCAUAAGAACCAAAUAUCUGUCAUUUUGCUGUCCCUUCACAGUUUUGAGGGAUCCUUUUGGAGUACCUUACAGUCUCCUUAGGAUUUUACUAUGCUGAAUAUUUUGGCGAUCAUUUGCAAAUCUCAUACCUGCCUCCAGAUAAUUUGUGAACAAGUUAAAUAUUGCUUCUCACAAUAGAAAGUCCUUCAGGGUGGCCUUCAUGGCUUAUUUCCCCCAUUUGUUUAUUCCCUCUGCUUUUGAUUGUUUGAUCACUUGCCAUUUCAUAAGCAGACCUGUUCUCUUAUCCCAUGACUGCUAAGUUUACUCAAGAGCUUUUGGUGGGAGACUCUCUCAGAUGUUUGCUGGCAGUCCAGUUUUGUCAACUGGAUCAGUCUAAUUGAUCUCCAUGUUUUUGUUGGCAGUCUCACAUAAUUAUACAAAGACUGGUUAGGCAGUACUUCACUGUGCAGCACGUUUGCAACCUGAAGAACUGGGCCUGAGCCGCGCCAUUAGCACGGACUUUGCCAAACUGCAGAACCCAGCCAAAAAUAGACACCCCAGCAUAUUUGUCUGUCCUUCCAUCAUAAACCCCUGAUGCCCUCAGUAGUGAUUUUUUAAAAUAUACCUUUCAUCAAGAUUAGAUGUGGCCCCUGGUGGCGGGAUAAACUAGGCAGAGAAUGGAUUCCACAGGAAAAUUGUACCCUUAAGUCCUCUGUAAGAAGUGUGGGGCAGAGGGAGUGAGGAAUUGAGCUAUUUUAUCCCAAGCCUUGGGAGGGCAAUGGGAUUUAACAGGUCAUCAAGGGAAACCGAAGCAGAUAGGAAUAUUCGUUUGAUGUCAGCACUCCACCCACUUUGGCAGGAAUGGCACUCUUCAUAGAAUGCAUGGGUACCAAUAUAACUGGUUGCAGCAAGGGAGCUGUUCCAGCUUCAGUCAAUCAUUAACUUCUCUUUAAAAAAAAUUCCUAAGUGAUCUGAUUCCCAGAUGCAGAAGAGAGAAGUGUGUUUGGGGGGCAGGGAGGAGGAAGGGAAAGAAUGGAGGCAAGAGAGAUGGCAAAUGGGACCAGGAAGGAGGAACUGGAAAGGGAAGGUGGAUGUCUUGGGAGGGAGGGACAAGAAGUGCUGUCACCAAGGACUCCAUGGCCCAUUAUACAAUCACACUAAACCAAACAGUGGCUUGGCACAGAUGAGCAAACAUUCGGGUUACUGGAAAGAAAAUCGCAGCUGCUUUGCUCUUCCUGCCUUGCUGCUGCAAGCUAUACAGUGGUGCCUCGCAAGACGAAAUUAAUCCGUUCCGCGAGUGUCUUCGUCUAGCGUUUUUUUCGUCUUGCGAAGCAACCCUAUUAGCGGCUUAACGGAUUAGCGCUAUUAGCGGUUUAGCGGCUAUUAAAGGCUUAUCGGCUUAGCGGAUUAGCUGCUAAAAGGCUAUUAAAGGCUUAGCGGCUUAGAUAAAGGGGGGGGAGCAAAAAAAAAAUCUCUAGACUCGCAAGACAUUUUCGUCUUGCGAAGCAAGCCCAUAGGGAAAUUCGUCCUGCGAAGCAACUCAAAAACGGAAAUCCCUUUCGUCUAGCGGGUUUUCCGUCUUGCGAGGCAUUCGUCUUGCGGGGCACCACUGUAGUUUGUCUUAGGGUUACAUCUGAACCUCACGGUUUGUCUCAAUCCAGAAAAGCCAUGAGCUGUAGCCAAGGCUUGUUCUGUGGCUUACCACUCGUGGCUUGUCUGGGAGGAAUAAACCAGGAGCCCGGCUCACAGGUGUGAACUGUCCUGGAUGACAGCACCUCUUGUUGCAAUCUUCUCUUCCGAAAUCCACAUGGGUCCACAGUAAGCAUUAUAAAGUUUUUAAAGGCUUGGUUCAGAGCCAUGUCCUCAAGUUGUGUGGGGCCAUUGUCCACUCUGGGCGUUCAAAUAUCAUGAGUCAGGGUUUACACAUUUUGACCUUUUAUGUUCUUUUAUGAUGUGGUUUCUUUAUUUUUGUGGUUGCAUUUCCCAGCUUCUCUAGCAUGAGGGCUAAAAAUCGCUGCCUUUGUUGCAAUACUGCUAAGAAUACUGAACCAUUUAUUGAUGUUCUGAUGAUUUAAUCACAGUCAUAUUUUCAAAGAUGGCUACAGCCUGUACUUUCUUGGAGUCAGAGGAACUGGGGUUCAAGCCUAGCAGAGAGCCAUACUGAAAGCCGUGCCCACCCCCCAGUUUCUCAAGAAGAGCUGCGUGCUGAAUUUUCUUAGUAGCAGUUUAUUUAUUUAUUUUUACAUUUAUUUAUUAAUUUAUAUACAUCAAAUGGCCACAGGGUGAUUUACAGUAUAGAACAUAAUAAGCAAUAUAUGUCAAUACGUUACUAAAUAUCCAUACAAUUAAAAAAAAAGUUUAUAUACAUACCAAUUAUUGCGUAUUAUGAAUUGUAUAAUAGUACAUAAUACUUUAUGAGCAAGACAUACUAAGCAGUAAUGUCAAAUUAUACACUAUGUCUUCCCAGCAGUGAACAUCACAACUCAACAGAGUUAUUGCCUACUUAUCUCAGGUGCAACUAUAGAACAUAGCGCAUAUCUAAGAACAAUAGCCUCUUGAUAAAUAUGGGAGAGGAAAACCUGCUGGAUAUCUAAAGUGCAGAAAUAGUGUACAAACGCACAUACUUUUCUGUAUACAGAACUAGCUCUUAAUCCCACCUUCCCUCUAUUCUCGUUUUUCACCCUGGGAUAUCUUCACUUCCCUGCCUCUCUCUCAGGGGCCUUUCAUCAUCUAUCUGAUACUUUCAUGGGGGUGCAUACUUUGCUCCCCUUAUGUUUCCCCUAAGGGAAGAAACCAAAAGGGUUCCUAUCCCUUGAGGUCAUCCUUAUGGGGACCAUCACUGGUAGCCUGCAGCCUGCCUGGUUAGUAGAGUCCAGUUUGCUUGCCUCUUGGCAGCAACAGCUAAUGGACACUGCCUCAUGCACUCAAAUGCUGAAAGAUUAGUACAAAAUGUUAAACAGUCUUGGAAAGUAUCCUCCGCUAUAAGAGGCAGAGAGUAAGGUCUUUGAAGCUCACUGUGCUUUCCUCCCUGGAGGCACCCCUAUGCUUUGUUGUUAUUUUACACACUCCAAAACGGAGCCCUGGGCAUUGUGUGUGUGUGUGUGUGUGUGUGUUCUGUGCAUGCAGGCCUUGGCUCCGAUUUAACUUUCUGUGGUCUGGUUGUUUGCACACAUUUAUAAGGCCAUUCUAUCCAAAGAAGAGAAAAGCUUCCUAACCCUCUCUGGUGUGAGGUCUGCACACACUGGUUUGUAUCGGACAUGUGGCAGAGACUCUUCCUCCAUUCCCUCUCCUGUCUCCAUACCACUCCAUACUGUCAAUAGAGAUUCCAGUUUCCAGUCAGUCAGCUUGUCCUCAGCCAGACCUGAGCCUUAGCAUAAGGUAAAGGUAAAGGGAUCCCUGACCAUUAGGUCCAGUCGUGACUGACUCUGAGGUUGCGGCGCUCAUCUCGCUUUAUUGGCCGAGGGAGCCAGCGUACAGCUUCUGGGUCAUGUGGCCAGCAUGACUAAGCCGCUUCUGGCGAACCAGAGCAGCGUACGGAAAUGCCGUUUACCUUCCCACCGGAGCGGUACCUAUUUAUCUACUUGCACUUUUAUUGUGCUUUCGAACUGCUAGGUUGGCAGGAGCAGGGACCGAGCAACGGGAGCUCACCCUGUCGCGGGGAUUCAAACCGCCAACCUUCUGAUCGGCAAGUCCUAGGCUCUGUGGUUUAACCCACAGCACCACCCGUGUCCAGUUUCCAGUCAGUCAGCUUGUCCUUAGCCAGACCUGAGCCUUGGCAUACUUCUUGCUAUAUUUAGAUAAAUAUUCAGCAUAAAAUGGACUCUGACUUGCUUUUUGAUGUUUCUGUGCUUUCCAGUGCUUUUUACAUCUUGUUCUUCUUGAAAACUCCUCGCAACUUUAUUAUGAAAGCACCAGAACUAGUCGCUGUGUUUCCGUUGCUCAGGAAAAGUGCUGCUGUUAAUCUCCACACACACACACACACACACCCCGCUGCCCACAACUUUUGUUAAUGCAGGAACUUCCCGUUCAGUAAUGCUACCCUGCAGACUAAUAGUUAGAUCAUAUCCUGGUGUCAUAGCCCCAUAGUCUUUCGCCUCCAGCCUUCGAGGCUCAACACUGCUUAUUUGUCUUUAUGUAAUUCUGUGAAUCACAUCUCAAUUUACUGUCAGUGCAUUUUUCUUUUUCCUGGGUUUUAAAUCUGAUUGUGUAUAAUGAUGAGUCUUACCUGCUUGCAUAACAAAGGGAGGCAUUCAACAAAGUUUUACUCAGGGUAGACCCGUUGAAGUGAAUGAACCUAACUUAGUCACAUUUGUUCAUUUCAGUAGGUAAAAUUCAGUUGAAUACCACCCAAAGUCACUACAGGUGGUUUAGACCACAGCACCACCCGCGUCCCUUCAAGCCUGCUAGUUUUACCUAAAACCUGGAGAAACUGAUAUUCUCAGUCCCAUAUGUUUACAGGCUAAAACCAGCUGCUCAGUAGUGGGAGAAGAAUACAUAGGUGGGCUGCUGGCCUGGUUUAGCGAGGCUCAUCUUAGGCGCUUAUGUUUUCACCUGCUAGAUCAGAGUGGGCAGAAGGCAGAUUUAGCUUUACUGGUAGAUCUUUGAGUGAUUUGCAGUAGAUCAGCAAGGGUUUCCAACUGCCAAUUGUUUUGUGGCAGCAAAAAGAUCCCUUUUCUCCAAAUUAUAUUGUUGAAAUGAAACGAGCUUGGGGUAGCUUGGUGUGAAUUUUUGUGUGGAAGGAACAUAGGCUCAGAAUUAUUUAAUGCUAAGUAGAUGUAUUUUGCAUUAUGCUCUGGGUGAUGGAUCUCAGGGUUCCACUUAAAACCAAGUAAACCUCACAAGCCUGAAGGUCUGGUCUGUUUUCUACAGCAUUUUCCUCUUCAGAGCUGUUGAAGCUCAGAGGCCAUGUUUGCUAAGCAUACAGUAUGGCACCCCUUAGUGGUAAAGUGGGGUAUUGCUUAACUUGGGCUGCAAAGGGGGAAAAAGUUUCUUUUCUAUCAGCAUAAUGUUUAUUGAGCACUAUAGCACAUGGCACAAAAUAAAAAGAGAGAAAGAAAUUUCAUAUGUGAUGUGCAUAGAGUCAUUCAAAUGGGUUAUAGCAGGAGAGCUUUGGAGAAGGACAGCUGGAGAAAAUAGGGUCUCAUCCUGGUAACGUAGGCUACGGGUAGGAAUUUCCAAAGAGAUCUCAGUGUUGAGUGAUGCACAAAUGCCCAGUAAGGUAGGUGAUGGUAUAUUCCCUCUUUCCCCUCCCUGCCACUGCUGACCCCUCUGUUCUUCUCCUCAGAUCUUCUGACUCGCCUGAUCCAGCGCCGGGUUAAUUUCACAGACCCAGCAGUGUAUAAAGAGGUGAUUUAUUUAUUUUUUGUAUUGGCUCAUGGAACUCAGAGGCUAGUGGGUGGCAGUUGGUGAAGCUGGGCAGGGUUGAAAAGGAAAUGUUGGUGUGGUAGGCUCAGCAAACACCAAAAGGUUGACACUUCACCCAGAAGUCAAAUGUGGUCAGUGUCUAAACAAACAAACAAACAAACAAACAAAUAGUACAAAUGAAAACAUACUCAGUUGCUCUCUGCAAGCUUCAUAAAGCCAGUAAAGAUUCUGAUAGGGACUCGGGGAUGCAUGAUGGCCCCUAUUUCAGGACAGCUGGGGCGUUGGAAGGAGAGUGCUAGGGAAGAAGAAAACCCUGGUUUGGAGGAUCAGACUAGGCCAAGCUUGCCUAGACAGUGCCAUGCCUUCCCAGUACACUUUUGGUGCUAGCAUGCGCUGUUUACAUUAUCCUGGAAGGCUAAGGGGGAAGGCCUUCUGAGGUCUGAGCAUCCACAGCCACAUUGUUCAUAGGGAUUACUGGACCUGUGAUUAUGUGUGACUCUGGGUGGGAACUUUUGAAGCCCGUGUGCAAGAACGCAAUGCCCUGUGCAAGCACACAUAUACCCUGAUGACUAACAAGAGCAGCCUGAUCCUUGCCAGGAAUGCAGGAGCAGGGGUAGAAGCCUGUAAGCCCUGGUAUAUGCUGCUAGGUCACUACCUCUAGAUGAGCAAAGUGGACUCCAGAAUAACAAACUUCAUGUCCAGUACACGGCCAAGAAAACAUUCUAAUAAAUCCAGAUUGUUUUUGAAGAAGAACCAUCAGUGGACUCUUGGGGACCACCCUGUGAUGAGCCCUUCACACUUUUAUUUUGGGGCAGGCAGGUGUCAGCGUCUUUGAAUGAUCAUACCUGACUACUGUGUCUGUUUGUUUUCUUCUCUCCUCCCCUCCGCAUCUCUAGAUGUUGGUAUACCAAGCAGGCUUCCUUGUUUGCCUUGUCAUUGGUCUUCUUUUCAUCAUCCUUGUGCCCCUGGUGGGUUUGUUCUUCUGCUGCUGCCGCUGCUGUGGGCACUGUGGCGGCUCCAUGUACCAGAAGCAGACGAAAAACACCAAUUGCAAGAGGCGGACGUUAUUUGCAUUCCUGCUAGCUGUCUCUACCAUUCUCGUGUGAGUUGAGUACUAUACUGAGCAUCAACGAACAGUGUGGGAGUGGGUUAUUGCUGUGACCAGUUCAGCAAGGAGUUUAUUCCAGUCUGUCUACGUUGCCUGUUCAGCAGUAGUGGAUAGCAUGGUGAGGCUGUGCUGCUCACCUGACUUCCCUCUGGCUGAGUCAGUACAGCAUACUGCGACAGAGUGGCUGAGGGAUGAGGUUAAAGGUAAAGGUAAAGGGACCCCUGACCAUUAGGUCCAGUCGCGGAAGACUCUGGGGUUGUGGCGCUCAUCUCACUUUACUGGCCGAGGAAGCUGGCAUACAGCUUCCGGGUCAUGUGGCCAGCAUGACUAAGCCGCUUCUGGUGAACCAGAGCAGCGCACAGAAACACUGUUUACCUUUCCGCUGGAGCGGUACCUAUUUAUCUACUUGCACUUUGACAUGCUUUCGAACUGCUAGGUUGGCAGGAGCUGGGACUGAGCAACGGGAGCUCACCCCGUCGUGGGGAUUCGAACUGCCGACCUUCUGAUCAGCAAGUCCUAGGCGCUGUGGUUUAACCCACAGCGCCACCCGCGCCCCUUGAGGGAUGAGGUUGGUGCAGUGCAAAUGCACCAGUGGAGCCAAUCUGGUGCUUCUGCCAGCAUGCUUGCAACAUGCUGACCUUACCUCCCACCCUCCAUCCUGGUAACUCAGCUGGACAGGAGGUCAGGUGAUGGAGCAGCCCCCAACUAUACAGCUACUGCCAUUCGGACCCAAUUUCAAGCAAGAUGCACCUGCUUAGCUGUCUGAUAUGAAUUGGCUUGUCUCACCUGCAUGUACAAUGUUUGUAGGCCAGGUGGGCACUUCUCUUAUGUGCUGAUGUUGUAAACAUAGUGGCUGCAGGUCUAGUUUAAAUGAGACAAUUUAUUUGUCUACUUGGCAUCACUUUUAAGUCUGCCCACAGCCUUUUAUGAUGGUCUUGUGCAAAGGAAUGGCUUCUUGGAGCUGAGGGAGGAUGGGAUGGUCCCUGCAGGGAGGCCCAACAGGAAAUUGCACUGUGCGUGUAAGCUACUUCUAUUGUGUGAAAUGAAAAGUUGAGGUUAGUAGCUCUGGCAGCAGAGAUUGAGUUUCCAAACCUUUGGGGAGCUGGGAGAUCAGCCACUAGAGACGUUUAGCAGUGCAGUAUGAUCAAAGUAGGCCUUAAUUCUUGCCAGUUCUCAAGCAAGUAUAUCUCCUCACUGAACAACUACAGAGUUACAUUGGAGUCCAGGGGAAAUGAUGAAUGACACUAUUUCCAGUCAGACUUGACCUCCAGCAUCACUGUUCCUAUCAAUUCAGCACAUGGUUCAAGUCUGAGCAGCCGGUCACUAAUUAACCUUGAGGCACAUGAGCAUAAAUGUGUGAAGGGAGACUCCCAGGAGCCUUCUGUGGCAUGGCUGGCUUUUACUCUGGAGCAUGCCACCACAGGCACAAGCAACUGCCAGAGCCCUUUCUGCACCAUUUGUCCUUGCACUAGUUCUAAGGAGGUUCUUGCAGACUCGAGGGAAACCAGGGUGCCUAUGAAGUGCUGAAUUAUUUCAGUAUCAUAAAGUUGGAAUGGAUCUAAAAGUGACCUGGAUUAACCUCUGACCAGGGGCAAGGGGAGUGCAUCCACCAGGCACCCCCAAAAUCAACCUAUCAAGAUUACAAUGUGUUGCAAGCACAGAGUGGGCGCUACAGAGUAAAUAGUUGGAGACGAAUCACACAGACAUGCAAGUCACAUGCUGCAGUUUUACUGCUGCCUUUGCAGGGGUACCAGUAGGUAUAGAGAAGAAGAAGAGUUUGGAUUUGAUAUCCCGCUUUAUCACUACCCGAAGGAGUCUCAAAACGGCUAACAUUCUCCCCACUCUGUGGGGUGAGUGGGGCUGAGAGACAUCAGAGAAGUGUGACUAGCCCAAGGUCACCCAGCAGCUGCAUGUGGAGGAGCGGAGACGCGAACCCGGUUCCCCAGAUUACGAAUCUACCGCUCUUAAGCACUACACCACACUGGCUCUCAUUACCUGCUCACAUUGCUUACACUGUAUCCCACAUUUGCUCCCCCCAGAAUGGCACAAUGUCAAACAAGACACUUCAUAAAUAAGUCACAACUUUGUUGGUACCCGUUGUUAUGUUUUUUGACUGGUUGCAUGAUAUUACUAGCUUUUCCUCUUUGAGGAAAAGGAGAAGCAACAUCAGUAUGAAGAGUUGUCCUCUCAACUCUGCCUGCUUCCUUCACUGCAGGGCUGGGGAUAUUUGUGCGUAUGUCAGCAACCGUCAGAUAUCACAGGGAAUCAGUGGAGGCUUCAUCACUUUGAACAAUACGAUGGACAACCUGUUCAUGUUCCUGAACUCUAUCCCUAAGGUAUAUAGUCUAUAAGCUGUAUUAUGCGCCUUCCCCUGCUUCCUUUCUGCAGGCAGGUGUCUUUUGUAUUGUCCUCCUAUCCUCCAUGUAUGAUCGCUUCUACUGCCCUGCCUACAUAGUCAGGUGUUCUUCCUCUUCCUCUGCUUGUUUCCUACACCAGCCUCCAUAUGCCUUGCCCUGUUCCCCAGAAGUGCACCUCUGUAUCCCUACCUCCAACCUCCAAUGAUCUACUUCUUAUGAGCAUCAUAGCACUGUUUAGCGGCCAUUAUCCCACUGACAUGCCCUAAAUCUGCACUUUCAACACUUCAGUGGCCAUGGAAAACUACUUAGCCACUAUCAGUUAGCAAGGGAAACUGGAUCAUAUGAUACCUGAGGAAGAAUCCUGUGCCAGGAAUAGAGGUCCAUGGCUUUUCAAGCACAGGUACAAGGUGAAUUCUGGGAUCAUGACAGGGCUACAGGAGUCAUCUUGGUAGUUCUGGACUUCAGUGCCUUCUCAGGCACUUGUUUUCCAUAUCUGCUUUGAUAAGGAUAUAAAAAUACACUCGUUUAAACAGCAGCACAAACUGUUCAUAGUACUGGAAGGCACAAACAUGCUUUGCUCUUAACACAGAAGAAUUAUCAAAAUGGUGCUGAGCUACAUUGUUUACCGAGGUAUAUUGGUUUAAUGGUACCUCCCACUGAAGGCAGCUCCCACAAGAAACACAGGGACCAAUAUAUCAUGCCCUGCUAACUUCCUAGAGCUGUUUCUGAAUAGUGAAUUAAAUUGUUCUUUGGGAAACCAUUUGCAAAACCUACAUGUGCCUGAAAUAUCUUUUUAACCCAUGCUUAACCAUGGGGAUUGGGAGGAGCUGGUCUGGAUAGAAACACCCACCAUACCUGGAGGCAAAAUAACUGCAGUUGUGCUCCCAGUCCACAAAAUGUUGGGUUGGCUAUGGCUUCAGUGUCUCUUCACCUGCAGAAUUAGAUGGUAGUCAAUUUUGUAUGUUCGGUUCCUCAAUUUUUUUGCAAAUAGUAUUUGCCUCUAUGGUGGAAGAUACUCAUGAACACUUACUUCUAAGCUGUGAUCCGUUAUGAAGUUCCACAUAUAUUUUUGCAGGACAAACCUAAGUGUGUUUAUGUUGAAAUUAGUGCUCAAAGGGGACUGAUUUCCCAGUAAGUGUACACAGGAUGGUAGUCUUUAGGGCUUAUUUUGUAGACUUUCUACACAAUAUUUAUUUAUUUAGGCUAUUUAUAUAAUGCUAUUUCAUAGAAAACAAACAUCAAUUAAAUCAAACAUCAAUUAAGUAUUGUGGAAAGAUGUAUUCUAAUUGGCAGUGAUUCAGGAGUUCAAAGAAAUCUUUUCAACUGGAUUGGUGUAAAACUGGGGAGUGAGACAAUGCGGAAGCAAUGCACUUCAGUACAAUGGGCACUUUUGAGUCCUCUGUGUUCAAGCAAUGCACAUCAUGCUGUUGUCCUUAUAAUUUCAUAUCCAUGACCAUAAAUAUGUUCAGGAUCUUGAUCCCGCUUGCUGCCCCCUCCUCUGCAGAGCAUACUGUAUUUCAUCACUUUCCUGGUUCUUCACAGGAGAUUAAUGACAUCAUUGACUCCAGUUCGGUGCCACUGAAGCAAGCCAAUCAGAGCCUGCAAGGUGAGUUUCUGCCACUGGCCACAAUCUGUAUUGUUUAAAUCUUGAGUGAGUGAGGCAAAAAAAGCCGGCCUCAAGCUUGGAAAUCAACUGAAAUUACCCAGUCUCAUUGGUGGAGGUGUGGUCAAGGAGCAAGCCAGGAGUCAGGGUCAAAUAGCAGGCCACAACUGGAGGACAAACCAAGAGUUUGGGAGUCAGAAAUGGAGGACAAACUAGCUGGCACGAACAAAGAAGAAUGAAGGAUUCAGCGAACACACCAGUGCUCAGGAAGACUUUGUUGCUCAAGCAAGGCUCAGCUGAAAUGGGUAGCCUUUUAUAUUUCUUCCUGCUCAGGAAGAUACAGUGUCCAGCCAGGGUGGGUAGAGUCAGACCAGUACUGGAAGGGUCUUCACUAAGAAGAUGUUCACCUGAAGCUCAGUGCUCCACCACACAAGACAGCUGCAUACAGACCCAGCAUUUCCUGAGAAUUAGAAGUCUGCCCCAAAGUUCAGUGGUCAUCUGCAGAAUUCCUUCCUUUACCCUUGUGGCCUGCUUCAUCCAUGCAGUCAUCAUUGAGUUCUGCUCCUACUUAAACUGUAGAACUUUGGUAUGUACCCAAAGCAUUGCCCAUUAUCCCUUUAUCAUUCAAGGAGAUCUCAAUGUCCAUAAACCAUUUUUUUCUGGCAUUUGGUAUGUGACAUAAUAGUGGGAAGCAUUCUUGUUGAUCCUCUUGCUCUGAUGUUUUCUCUGCAGAGAUUGGGCAGACUUUGGGAGACAAAAUCAAGAAUCAAAUAGGUGGACGAGUAAACGAAGCGCUGGACGAUGCUGAACAUCUUCUCAAUGGUACUGACCUACUGUUUAACAAAGAGUGUGUUGUGGGAUCUAGUAGUAGAGAUGGAGGCCCAGAAAGUGUGUCAGUUUAACUGUGGCACAGGGCGAGGCAAAGGUGCUCAGAGGACAAAGAAGGUUUAGAGCAUGGGUCAGGAAUUUUUGGCCCUCCAGAUGUUGUUGGGACUCCAACCCCCAUCAGCCACAGCCAGCAUGGCUAAUGAUCAGGGCUGAUGGGAACUGUAGUCCAGCAACUUCUGGAGGGCCAAAGGAUAGCCAGCCCCUGCUUGGGAGAAAAGUGCUCAUUGCUGCAGUUCAGUGUCCUGAAUUUGAUUUGUUUGUUUAAAGCAUUGUUUUGUUUUGUUUAUGUUUUUACCCCUCUUUAUGUGACUGCUUCAAUCUGUGGAACUGGCAAUGUUAUAGGUCCUGUAUAGUAUUUGUUCUGCAUUUGUAAGAAAUUGAUCUUGUAGUGGGGCAGCCCCCACACUUCAGAACUCCUUGCCUAUUGACAUCAGGCAGGUGCCUACGUUGUGCUCUUUUUGGCACCUGCUAAAAACAUUUUAGUUUAGGUAAACCUAUCCAGAUAUGUUGAAUGUUGACAGGGUUUUUACUCUGGUUUUUAGCUUAUUGUAUGUAUGUGUGUGUGUACACACACACACACACACACACACUGAUAAUUUCAUUGUUUUAUAUCUUUGUUAACUUUCUUUUUACAUUCAAGUGCCAUAUAAAUUUUACAAAAUAAAUAAAUUGCAUUUGAUUUGUUCAUUGAGGUCCAGCUCUGAGGGCCUUCUGGUGGUUCCCUCCCUGUGAGGUUACAGGGAACCAGGCAGAAAGGGCCUUCUCGGUAGUGGCGCCCACCCUGUGGAAUGCCAUCCUGUCAGAUGUCAAAGAGAUAAAUAAUUAUUUGACCUUCCGUAGACAUCUGAAGGCAGCCCAGGAAGCUUUCAGUGCGUGGUGUUCUGUUGUGUUCUUAUUUAUUCUGUUGGAAGCCACCCAGAGUGCCUGGGGCAACGAACUCAGAUGGGUGGGGUACACAAAUUUAUUUAUUUCAUUUUAUUUUAUUUCAUAAAACUUAUGCACCACUUGAUUCCCUUGUGCUAAAAACUCUGUCAUCGGGGUGGAGAUUGCAAAGUUCCUCCUCACUCUUUUUCUCUGUCCAUUGCAGUGACUAGCUCUGUGGAAAAAGAGCUCCGGGCAGUCAAUGAGACAACAAAUCACUUGCGGGACCUUCAGGAACAGCUGAGCCAAAACCUGACCGCCUUGAGAACUGAUAUCAACCAGACUUUGAAAGACUGCGGUGAACCUUGCAAGGGUGUCCCAAUGUGGAACCUGGAGCCUGGGGCCAAUCUCAGUGCGGUAAAAUGGGGUUGGAGUGCAGAGACCUUGGGAAAGGGAUGGUGGGUUUUUAGGGAACAUGGGAAGAAGCACCACUUUCAGGAUAAGUGGGCUUAGCUAAUUGAGUGACACUACUGAGACAGAGGCUAAAGCCAGUGUCAGGUGGUGCAAUAGAUGUCAGGGUGGAAUCUCAGCUGAGGCCUGGCUACAGUGUUGGAGCGUGUCUACAAGAUGCCCAUGGAUGUGUUUGUCUGGUCUUGCCAGCAUGUAAACAUACAAACGUCUCAGUGGACGCUACGUUGCUCUUACCUGUGUCAGUGUAAACAUUUGAGUGAAACACAAAGAUUCCUACCCCUCCCAGAACACAAUGCAUCAUCACUUUAAUUUCUUAUAGAUAGAUAAACUGCCCCUUUAUCUGUUCCCACAGGUUCCGGAUGUCAGCCACCCACUCCAGCUGUUGACCAAUCUGACAGACUCAAACCCUCAGGACACCAUUGCAAAGGUAACAUCCUUCCCUCCGUCCAUCUUUUCUCUCUCCUCCGCAAUCAGAGUGUGCCACACAGAGCAGGCUUUCUGAGUGCCCAUGCCAGGUGGCAGUGUGCCAGGGACGGCCUGUCUAGGAGAGGCUGUGCAGUAGGAGCAGAACCACAGACUGAGCCUAGCAUCAUAAAUCACAGCCUUGGGCCAUAGGGCUCCCCUGAUCUCUCAAACCAUCAAUGCCUGUAUCCCAUCCUCAGAAGGUAUUGUUAGCCCACUUCCUCUUUGGAAUCAGCACGUAUUGCAAUGCCUUUUUGAUUCACAUUGCUUUGCCCUUUGUUCAACACUAUAAGAGCAUAUGCAAUUCUGAGAUCUGUGUUGUUUGUCUUUUGUUUCCAUCUGCAUAUGUCUUUAUUCUGGGUUCUGGCAUUGGCAGGCAAGAAAAGUUCUGGCUGAUAUUCCAAAGAAGGUGUCUGAACAAACAAAAAAGGUGGUGUCUGGUAAGUAGUUUCAGCAGAUAGAUAAAGGUGUGUGUAUUCUCAUUUCAAGAACCAGUUGAAAGUCUAUGGUUACACUUAUAACGUCCUCAGAAACUAGAGGUCACCUGCCAAAUAUCUCUUUGAUCAGUUCACAUUAAUAUGUGGAAUUUAGUCAAGUCUCGGCUCUCAGUCAUUCAAUAUAACUGUUUACAGUUAUGCAAUAGUGCAGCCUUUUCUUUGUUUAGAAAUUGUUAUUCUACAAAUAUACCUUCUAGAUAGUAAUUGGAGUUCACACCUGUGCAUGUCCAAGCAACAUGGCAUUUCCUGUCCUGAAGCUGCAGUUACAGCUACCUGCUGUGGAUGCAUGGGGUGAUAGGUGUGAGUUAAUCACAUGUGAACAUAUGAAGCUCUUGUUCUACAGUCAAAUCAAUGAUUUGUCUGUCCCCUUUCUUUUUUUCUUUUUUUUUCUUCUCCCCCUAAUGCCUCAACAAAUGAAACGGAUUUGUAAAAAUGUUACAUGGGGGGAAAAAUACGAGGCAUUACACUUACCUCUGUGAAACAAGAAAAUCCUUAAUAAAAUAUUUUUUUAAAAAAAUCAAUGAUCUGUCCAGCCCAGCACUGUCUACUCUGAUUCACGGUAGUUCUACAAAUUCCAUUGAGAUCCCUUAAUUGGAGAUGCUAAGGAAUUCAGUCUAGGACCUUGGACAUGCAUUCACUCUUAUCACUGAGCUACAAGAUGUCCCAAAACAUUUUUAAAACGUAUGUCCUCCUAUGGACCAAUGCCACGUACACACUGUUGUUUAGAGGACAUGGCUAGUCUGCAUAUUCUUGCUAGCUCCUCCAUUUAUUAGGCAUCAGUGGGGCUCAGUCAGGGCUGUCUUACGCAUUUGCGGCGCUGGGAUACAAAGAUCUGCCCAGUGCCCCCCCUGGUUGCCCAGUCCCAGGGGCGCAGGAGGGCAGAGCCGGCCACCCACCUCAGCAUUUCACUGGCUCGGUCACCCCCGAACUCGUGGUGCAGAGCCACCUGCAGCAGAAGAGCCUACCACAGUGCUCUGACUGACAGAUGGGCUCUUCCCCGGACUCAGCUCUCGGGUCCCGGACUCUCAGCCUGGCGCCCCUGAGAGCCUGGCACCCAGGUGCCCCGCACCCCUAGUGCCUAUGGGUAAGACGGCCUUGGGCUCAGUGGAGCUGGAUGUUUCCCUUCUCCCAAUCCACAGCUUUCCUUGUCCUUCCUGCUUUGUCUUCCAUAACUUGAACUGAAUGAAGGAUGGGUAGCCGGAAAUGAAGGAGGCAUGAGAUUUGCUGAGGAGUGUGAAUGGUUCUUCCUUGGAGAGCUAAUAGGCAAUUGGGCAUAAAAUACUACAUAUCCGGAACACAUAGCAGGUGGCUGCCCUGUGGUAAGAUGCUCUCUGCCAUAGUGAACAAAGUAUAUUUGUUUAUCUGUGUAUCUUUUGGUCCUUGCAGAAGGAGAGGCUCGCCUCCGUGAUGUUGAGCAAGCGAUUGAAGAUAGCCGUAGCAACUUUUCCACACUGAGCAGAAUGGGGAAUAUCUCUCAGUCCAUGACAGAUGUUGUCAGUUGGGCGAGUACCUAUGAGCCGGAUAUCGUCACCUAUGAUAGUUACAGGUAUGAAUUAAAGUGUUCUCAGAGUAUUGUAUUUUUUUUUAAAGAUAUUUAUUGAGAUUUUCAAAAUGUUACAAAAAAUAACAAAAUAAAAUAGAAGCAGAAGAGAGUACAAAGAAUAAAAAUAAUUAACAAAAUAGAAAAAAAGGAAAAAAAACCAACCCUUGCCACCAUAUAAGAAAAAAUUCCAAAUGAGAAAAAAUGACAGAAAAAAAGAAAAAAAGAAGAAUGCAAAAAUCACAAAACUUUAAAAACAUUUAAAAACAAAUUCAUUAUUUUCAAAUCCUUAACUGUCAUUACCUUCUUUCUUAGACCUCCUCCUCCUCCCUUUCUUUGUAUCCUAGUUAUUAAUUAUCCCAGCAAAUCCUUGACCUUAUCUUUCUAUAAUAAAAUAAACCUUAACACUUAAAACUUAAAUCUUAUCCUUACCAACUUCUCAUAAUCAUAAUAUUAUUUCAUAAUUCUUUAAACAUCUUUGCUAAAGCCAAGUAAUUUCAUUCCAACAUUUUCCUAUCAUUCAUCAAUUUUAUAAAACAGUUCUAAUAGUAGAAAAAAGAGGUAUAAACAGAUCCAAUCUUCAUCCAGCGUCCCUUCCUCCUGGUUCCGGGUUUUGUCAGUCCUUAUUCCCGUCAAUCUAGCCCAUUAACCUGGCAACCUUAUGUCCGAGGCCCUCAAGUCUCUUCCAUGACCCUUCCGCGGCUCUUCUUCAUAUUUGUAACUGUAUUUUCCCUUGUCUCCUGCUCGUGGUAACUCCAGCUUGACAAUGUUUUUAACCCUUCUCAACAGAUCAGCCCCUUUUCCAUGUUCAACAAUGAAUUCCAUGUAGUAUUUAAAAGCAUGUUUCAAAGGCCCUCCAAAAUUGAGAGCCCCCACAGUCCCAAACAUCUCACAGCCCGUUGCCAUAUUUGAAAAGUCCAAACAUCCCAGCAUAGGGGGGUCAAUCCAGCCCCCCAUUUCCAAACCAAGCCAAAUUUUUCCUUUCCAAAUAUGGCUUUUUCCAAGUUCAUUUGUCAAAUCCAAAAAAUCAUAUUCCUGUUGGGCCUGUUCUGUCAAAACACACUCCUGAUUUAAUGUCAAAAACUCCUGUUCUGUCAAGACACACUCCUGAUUUAAAUCCUGAGUGGGCUUCACAUAUUUUCCCACUGUCUGUUCAAAGUUUCCCACUGCCUGUUCAAAAUUUCUAGUCGAAGUCGCCAUCCAAUUCACCUUCUCGUGUAAUUGUUCCAGUAGAUCGUUUGUUUUAUAGAGAGCAUACAACAAGGCUUCUGAAUACAUUGUCCCACAAGGUCAGAUACUUGUUCCCACGGUUGUAAUCUGUAACAGCUGUCGACUCCCUGGAGUUAGUUACAGUUUCACAGUUACAAUUUCACAGACUCCCCCUAGGUGGAAGACUUCUAUUUAUUCUUGCAACAAAGUUUCCUUUUUAAGAUACUUUGUCCAUAUAUAAUCCUUUAAAAUGCGAAAGGGAACAGUGGAAUCACUAGGUUUCUCUUCUUUUAGCCAUCUGUCAAAAACACUUGUCUUUGGUUAAUGAACUUCACACGUCAGUCCUGACAGCCUGCUCCAGGAUCAGGACGGAGGAAAGUUACUUCACUUUAAAGUCACUUUAAACAGUCCAAAAAGAUCCCCCCUUCUCCUGCUGUCGAAGGGGGGUUCCACAAUUUUAAAUGGUGAAAUCCAAUCUUUUAAAAGUGAUUUUCUGAGCUCUAGUUUAAAUUGCCUUUGCUUUAUUCUGUUUACAAAAGAACGGAAGGAUGACUUCCUGUUUAGACCUUCCCGUUCCAUACCAAAUUCAAGUAAAUUUUUAAAGUCCGAUUCUUUCCUACUCGCAAGUCCUUAUUUGAUGUCCAAUUGUUCAAAGUCUAAGUACUCACGGGUGCUUAUUUUAAAGUCCAAAUUGUCCCAGGAAAAAGGCAGCGCUCUCCGGCAACAGCUAUGCGGCUUCGCUCCACGGAAAUAGCAGUUGACUCACAGCACCGCGCCACUUCCCCCUCUUCACUUCGGAGCCCGUUAGUGGGUUCCUUAGCGGGUUGGGGGGGCGCUAAAGGUGCCCGCCGAGUCCCAUGGUCACAGGCUUCAUCCGCCUGUGAUUUUUAAGUGGGUCCCCAGUUCGCCGUAGCGGAGAAGACCCGUUUUCCGCGGAGCUAGUCCCUCCAGUUCAGAGGGAGUCCGCCAUUGCCGGUGGCGCCACCCCGGAAGUCCUAAAGCGUUCUCAGAGUAUUGUAAGCUGGGGAAAUCCCUUAGGUUAGCUUAAGCCACGCUAGGUCAUGUGUUGGAUGAAAUGUUGGUCCCUUGUCCCUCCUGACCAUGAGUGGUCAUAUGUUAUCAAAAUGGCAGCUGUAGGAAAUGGGAUGAGAAUGGUAGCCUAAACGAAGGGCUAAAAGCUUUCUGGCCACUAUUUUGGAAGCCUCUGGUGUGCAGUUUCAUGUCACACGGAUGGUUUCCCACAGCAUUUUUGGACAGGGCACCACAUCUAGUCUGCAGUAGUAUGAAAAUUAAAAUCCUUGUCUUUCGAUUUGGUUAAUUGGCCCAGAUAGCACUUGUUUUUCUUCAGUGCUAUACCAUUGUUCAUAACCUAGGCUUGGAUGGGAUCUCGUGUUUUCUAAUUUGCUUCCUCUUGUUGCCAACAGAGUCUUGCUGAUGCUGGUUUUUAGCAGAGAUCAAACCCAUUACCAGGUUUUGACUCCUUCCUUCCUUUAGCCAUUGCCUUCUGUUGGAGUCUUAACUGUUUUCCUUUUCCUUACUUUAGGUGGAUUGCUGGCCUUUGCCUCUGCUCUCUGGUACUCGUGAUCAUUGUAUUCAACAUGCUGGGCCUGUUGUUUGGGGCACUUGGGCUAAACCCGCGAGAGAUGCCUACCAAACGGGGCUGCCUCGCAAACACUGGUGGAGACCUCCUCAUGGCGUAAGAGACUUUGCACCUUCUCCCAUCUCAUGACAGAGAGUCAUCCAAUAAGUCAAAAGAAUGUAGGAAGCUGCUGCUUCAUCCCAUGUCAGGCCCUUGGUUCAUCUUGCACAGCACCAUCAAUGCUGACUGGCAGUGGCUUUCCAGAGUUUCAGCUAGACGUCCUUCCAAGCCCUAGUUGGAGAUGCCAGGGAUUCAUCCUGGAACCUUCUGCAUGCAAAACUCAUGUUCUGUUACAGAGCUCUGGCCUGUACCCUUAUUACCCUUCCUGAUGAUUGCCAAAUGUUGCCAAGCUGCAUUAUGGCGUAGCAAAUGUGAGAGCAUGGGUGGCAGGACUCAGGAGGCAGCUGUAGAUCUUUACAUGUAUUGCUGGUUGCCUGAUUCCCCAGGUCUCUGGGAGCUAUUCUAUGGAGGGUUUCCCCGUACACAAUCUGUUUUGUGUACAGGCUCCUACUAGAGAAAGAUAGGGUGGGAAUGUCCUUAAGUAUCCAGAAAUGCAGCGUUACUGGCAGAUUGGCACAGUGCAGAGUCAUGCCCCCUGAGUAUUUUGGCACCCUGACCUUGUCCUGGACUUUCCCAUGGACCUCUGGCUGUUCCUUAUGUUUAUCUGCUGGAUUGUGUGUCAGAAUGAAUGGAAGGGUUGCCUGGGGCAAAUGUGCAAGGGCUCUGACGGCUGCUCUUCACAUCCAUCCAGCGAAAUCCUAGACCUCCAAUCAUGUUUUCCCUUCUCUGACAGGAGCGUUGGGUUCAGCUUCAUAUUUUCAUGGCUGCUGAUGCUGCUGGUUCUACUGACAUUUUUAGUUGGGGGAAGUAUGUACACAGUGGUGUGUCGGCCGUGGGCCGAUGGGCAUCUCCUUCAGGUAAGUCCCUUGGGCUACCAUGAGUAUUCUUUGAUACUGCUGAGUGCCAUCUGCAGUGGAACAAGGGGGGAAAUAAUGUGGGUGAGGAGAGAAGUGAGUCAUGGUUUCCCUUAACACCAGACCAGAACCCACACACUGUAACCUUAGAUUCUAAUCCUGGGAUCCCAUCUCUCCCCCUUGUCAAUCAUUAUCAUUUUCGCAUGGAAAUUGCUGAAGUAGGCAUGAGACAGCCAGGCAAUCCCACAUUCUGCAGAGGAGGAAAUCGCAGGGAGAGGCAAAUACUGAAGAUGUUUUGAGUUGAGAGGCUAAGAAUCUAAUUAAUGACUCUUUAUUUUCUUCUAGUUUCUGGACACACCAGGGUUGUUUCCUGAAUUCAACCUGACACGGCUCUUGCACUUGAAGAGUUCUGAUGUAAACCUGUCCAGCCUGUACAAGUGAGUGGCUGGCUGGCUGGAUUCCUCCAUGGCUUCCUGCCUGCUGUGACUUUGGUCCUCACCUUCCCCCAAAGGGAGAGAGACUCUUGAGAGCAGGGUGGGAACUGCAGGCCUGAUAGAGUCAGGCAUGCAGUGUAUGGGAGUAGGGAAAAGUAAGUUCCACCCACUUGCCAACAUGCAAUGUCAGGGUACCAUGCACAGCCAUGCCAGGGGGCCCUGGUGCAGAUAAGUUUUUUAAUUUUUUUUUAGUUUUUUCAGAUUUUGAAACUUGCAAACAAUUAUCAAACAACCAACAUAGAGAAUUCUUUUUCCUUACAUUUCCAGCAUGUAUUUGACCUUGUUUUAUACAAGCUAGUUUACUAGGGGUUAAAUACCAAUGAUACAUCAAUUUCAUAAGUUGUAUAUUAUGUCCAAAGUCCUUGCCCAGCAUAGACAGGAAGCUUCAUAAUACAGUCGUACCUACCAUAAUACAGUCCGUUUGACUUCUAAAACAUUUGGAAACCAAAGCAUGGCUUGAAGCCAUGGAAGCCCCGUCAGACGUUUGGGUUCCAAAGAACGUUCGCAAACUGGAAUACUUGCUUCCGGGUUUGCAGCAUUUGGGAGCCAAAACAUCCAAGUACCAAGGUGUUCAGGAUCCAGUUUGACUGUAUAAUCUUAAAUCUGGUGCAGAGAAGUCUUUCCCUGACCCACAACUUCUCCAUUCUGCCAAGAGUUUGCUAGAAUAACAGCCUGAAUCAUGCUUUUCUUUCUCUGAGGUACCUUUCAGCCUGAUCACUGUGCUUCUUAGUCCUGCUAUUUCCCCACAGUUUUUGCCCCCAUGCUGAGCUUAUGUCACCAGCAACCCCAUUGCCCCCUGGCGUAAGAGUUAAACUACAUGAUUGGAAAGCUUGAUUGCAUGGUGAUGCUGUUUCCCCAGUUUAUGUUUGACAUAGCACAGUGUAUGCUGGUCUCUUAGCUCGGUUUUCACUCUUGCAGGAACUGUGAAAACAAUGCCCCCUUGUGGAGCACCCUUCACCUGGGUGAGGUCAUCCCUCUGGAUGAGAUCCUAAACACCAGCAAGGUCAGUGAUGAGUGUCUGUAGGUGAACUGAGACAGCCACAAGAGAAAUUGAAUGACCAGCAAGAUUAGUGUCCUCAGAUAUGCUGUGGGAUAGUUUAAAGUCCAGAUCUGGGGCAUAUCUUCAGCCACCUGGAGAACCCCAGAGAAGUGUCCUGGGAGACUGGAUUGUUAUGUACUCUGCACCUACUUGCCUUGUUUUUCUUUUGCUCUUACAGUACACCGGUAAUAUUGAUGCAGCCUUAAAAAAAAUAAAUAUCAGUUUGGGCUCCACUGACCUCCUGAAGGAUGAGCAGAAGCGUCGCCUGCAGGAGCUGGGCUCAAAGGAUGGGCUGAACCUGAAUUUUUCCAGUGCUCUGAAACAAGUGAGAUGAGAGGGUGGAAUGCUUGCUGGGGUAUGAAUUGCUGCAGGAAGGAAUCCGUCAGCUGGGAUAUUCUGAUUAACUGACAAUGGAAGGGUCGUUGGGUUGAUGAUGUCAGCAUAGGUUUCUGGCAGCUGCUCAGUCUGUUCAGGAGAAAGGAUAGUGUCCGGAAAGGGCUUUGGGUGCAGCCCAAAAGGAAAGCUGUUCCCCAACAAAACCUGUGCAGGUUACUGAGUUUAAGAAAAUCUCAAAGACAUCUGUAUAAUGAAAUCAUGCCAUUCCACAUAAAUAAAAGCAGCAGUUAACACGUAAACAGGACAGGAUUUGCCUGGUGCCUAAAAGCAACGACAAAGAUGCCAGGCAGAUCACCCUUGGGAGGGAGAUCCAUAAUUAGAGCACAGUCACUAAAAAGGUACGCUCUUUGGAUGGCACCCACCCAUGUCCUUUUGUAGGUGAGGGCACCCAGAAAAGAGCCUCUGAUUGUUGUCUCACAGAUCAUUGGAGGUCGAGAGAUGAGGUGAGCUUUCUCUUCCCAGAGGUGUGAUGUGAAAUAAUAAUAGCUUACGUAUCAAUGGGUUCAAAAUGAAAUAAAACAAGUUGGAAAGCGGAUUCUAGGAAGUGUGCGAACUUAAUCUGCCUGGGCCCUGACCUUACUCACUCCAAUGUCUCUUGCUAUCCUUGAGGAGCUGACCCACCGUGUGCUCUCUGUCCCUUUCUUUGCAGAUCAACGAGACUGUGACAAAAAAAGACCUAUCUUCAGCGGCAGCAGGUCUAGAUAAAUUGGCAGAAAACACAGUGAGUGGUGCUUUGAUUGGGAUAUCCCCAUUCUUCUGCAGUGCUUCUCUCCCCCAGCUCCCUUUCUAGGGGGAGGGGCCCUGUAGGUGUCUUUUUGGGAUCACUUCAACCCAGAGCUGGCCCAAGACAUUUUGGCACCUGAGGCGAACCACAAAAUGGCACCCUCCCCGCCAGAGAAGUAGGGGUGAAUGAAGAUCUACAUUGGGAACAAGGGGGAGAAUUGAAUUAAUCUUAUUCAACAGCUGAAGUGGGAAUGAAAUGCCGUCAUGGCAGGGGAAAAGGGGCCUGUUCUGAAUCAUGCCCCCACCAUUUCCUCUCUAAGGGUGAUAGGAGACCAGCAGCAACUCCUAUUUGCCAAGAGGUCACUAUAGAGGUGGCAUGGGGGGCAGGGAACUGUUGAGGAGAGGCAGAUCCAGUCCCCAAGCAGUGUGCCACAGCCGUCAGUGCCACUGCAGCAGCAGCCAUGGGCAUGUGUUCCUUGGAGGCUGAAUCGGCUGUCCCUGUGGAUCCUGCUGCCUGAGGCAGUCACCUCAUCUUGACUAAUAGGUAGGCUGGCCCUGAUUUAACCCCAGAUCCUCCCUGAAGAUGGGAAAUAAUUGCAUCCCACAUUGUCUCCUGGAAAUGUGCCCACUUGUAUGUGUGAAAGCAGCAGAAAACCUAUCAAUAUCUCUUCACAAGAUAUGGUGCUUAUGAACAUAUUUUCAGGCAAUUAAUGAGAAAGCUCGGAGCGAUUUUCAGCUGGAGGCCAGAAGGCUGAGGAAGCUCCAGGAUUGGGUCAAUGACACGUUUCUUCCUCAGAUGGUGAGUGCUGCUCUCCCCAAACACCUUUACCUCCUUUUGGCCCAGACCAGGUGCCGCCCUGAACAAGGCCUCUCUGGACGGUUUUGAUUCUUGGCCCUACCAGGCCAUAAGAUGGUUGAUAUCUGUCCCACCUUCUGUCAACUCAUUCCAUCCAGCUCAGUGGAUGGUGCCCUCUGAUGAGCUUUCUCUGUCCUCAGCACAUCCUGAGAAGCAGCAUUCGAAAACUACAGAAGUCUGUCCCUCAGAUUCCGGUAAGCAGGGCAAGGUUUGAGGAAGGAGUGAUCUGGGAGGUGGGGCUUUGAUGCCAGGCUUUCUGAAUGACACCCCAUUAGAUAUUGGAUGGGUGGGGAAGUACAACCUACUGACAAUCUCGCCAGGCCUCCUUGCAUAACAAUGUGAGAACUCAAGGUAACAGGUGCCAAUUGGGAGAUACAGAGAUUUCCCUUGGCAUUGACUCUGUAGGGAUGGGGUUUCAGAACCUGGAAGACUGUGGGAGAUUGACAGAGUUGGUAGGCAUCCCAAAGAUGGACAGAGGAGGUGUUAAUGGGGCACUGGCAGAACUAUGCUUGUGUGCGUUCGGGGUCUGUAUGGUGCUGGGUAUGAAAUGCUAAGCUGCAGUCCUUCAUAUGUUGGACUCCCAAUUCCCAUCAGUCCCAGCCAGCAUGGCCAAUGGUCAGGACUGAUGAGAGUGGUAGUCCAGCAGCAUCUGAAGAGCUGCAGUUGUGCAACUCCCGCUAAAGCAUACCAAAAAACCUGUCUCAGCCUUUUGAUAAUAUACCAGCGCUGCUCCCUUAUGCCCAUUGGAUUAUGUGAUGUUCUGCUCAGUGGUCUGCUCAGAUCUGUAUGGAAAGUGGUGGUGAGGGCAGCCCAUGAGACUGGCUCUGCCAGGGAGUGAAUCUGACAGUACUGUGUCCUGCCAGGGUACAGCGAACGCCACGUUGUCAAAAAUAGAAGACGCUCAGAUAUUUAUGAAGUGGCAGGUGCAGGACGUUGUCAAAAACGUGAGUCUUCUCAUCAUUCAACCCAUUUCCUGGUGGGGGUACACAGAGGACAUCAUUAAGACUGGAUUUGUGCAUCGCUACAUAAUGUAACAUGGAGGCUCAUCCAGAAGUCCUAUAGGCCUCUAACUACGAUAUUAGACAUGCUAGUGAACAACUCUGGGAAAUGGGAAUACAGGAAAUGCAGUGGAGAGGAGGACAAGCGAAAGCUAGUGCUCCCAGGAUAGGGAAAUGUGACACCCCAGCUGAUCAUGCAUGGAUUAGCUGUAUUACCUUUUCCUGUACCCCAUAAGACAGCCCAAUUUCCCUUCCUAUUCUUGGAACCAUUAAUGGAGCUUGGAUAGGGGAUUGGAGCCCCAUAACUGAACCCCUUUCCUUGUUUGGAAGUUGUUGUCCUAUCCUCUAACUUACACCCACCCAUUUUACCUUCUUACCUCUAGGAGACUUCAGCUUUCGUGAAAACUCUGCUGGGUUUAUUUGAAUCAUAUAUAGACUGGGCAAAGAGUACCGUAAGUAAUGCCAACUGCUGUUGAUGGAGAUUGGGCUUAAUCCUGAGUGAUGACAAGGUGGGAGCCUGGUUGUCCUUGCUUGUAUACUUCUGCUAUACUCACAUCCAGGCUGGAUGCUUGCCUGUGGCUAUGCAUACCCAAGCCAGUCAACCAUGAAUUUACUGGACCUUUUAGCCAUAGUUUAUUUAUUAUUUACUGGUUUAAAAGAUUUAUAAACUGCUUAAUCAAAGCACUCUCUAGAGACGGUGCGCAUAACAAAGUUGUAGUUAAAAUGCAGAUGAAAUCUGCAAAGCAAUAAAAAACAAGUAUAUAUAAAACAUACUGCAUUUUUCCAUCUAUAAGAUGCCCCCUAUUUUUGAGGACUCAGAUUUAAGAAAAUGGGGGGGUAUAUAUAAGACAACCCCUAAUUUCUGACAUUAUUUUUAAGGAAAAAACCCUAGUCUUAUACAUGGAAAAAUACGGUAAUUAAAACACUGAUUAAAUCAGUAAAACUUUAAGAACAAAUAUGAGUAACUAAAUUGUAUGUCUGGGUAAGUUUGCAAUAGACAUCUAAAAAGAUAUGGGGCAGGGAACCUUUUCUGCCAGGCAGGCCAGAAUUUUAUUUCCAAAUCUUUGACAGGUUACUUUGGGCAGGCGGACGGAGUUUUGACACCAGGUGAUACUGCAGUUUGAAACCUCAGUUGUCCCCAUGCCCUGCUGCCUGAACUUCUGAAAACUGUCAGGAGCACUUUUGCAAAGGGCUUUCAAUAGCCACACACUCCUUUUUGAAUGUCCAGUUUUUGGAGGUUCAAACAGCAACACCUAGUCCUCCAUUCUGGCAAGAUGCCCAUGCAACCUCACUCAUGAAACAGGAAGGAGGAAUCCUGCUGAGCUUAUGGCAGCCGAUGAGUGAGGGUUAAUUUCUCCUGGCUUGGCUGCACUUGCCUGUUUCCUACAAGUGUGAGCAGCCAAUGUAACAUUGAAUCCCGUAAUUCUGCCCAUCAGCAGCCAGUGCAAAUAUCUGAGGGCAACUCCAAUAUGCUGACAGAGCCUCACUCCUGGCAGCAGUCAUGCUGCAGCAUUCUGUGGUUAACUGCACUUUCCCGAUCAGCCACUUGCGUUCACAUGCCAGUCUCACAGCCUCAUGCACAGGUGGCCCUGGAGGCAUAUGUAAGCAAAAUCAAGCUGAACUCGUGGGAAGUGUACUGCCAUUGCCCAUCUUACUUCUAGGGUGCAAGCACAGCAUGAAGUUAUAAGGUUGGCAAUGCCAGGACAAUUCCUACCAUGUGCUUAGCUGGACAGGCAACAUUUAUGAUGACAUCACGAUGAAGGUGUUUGGCCAGGAAAGGAGUGCAGGGCUCGGGAUUUUUCCUUUGGUGGUCAUGAUGUUUCCUUGUCUUCUUUGCUGGCAGAUCAAAGAGCAGGUGGGCCGCUGUGGCCCUGCAGCCUGGGCACUGGAUAGUGUGAAUACCGUGGUCUGCAGCUGCGUUGUCAAUUCAUUGGUGAGGCAGUCAACACGAGGGAUGAGCUGGGGUGUGGGAAUGAGCCAGCAUGGAUAAGGGACAGCAGGGUGGCAGUCCGUAGGUUGAGAGAUGGCGACUGCAGCCCAGGAUGUAGGAGUAACUGGUAGGUGGUGGGGCCACAGAAAUUGUAACUACCUUGGGCAGAGGCUGUGCUGUGGCUCUGGGAAUCUUGCCUGGGGUGGCGCAUGGAAAGAAGCUGGGGAGACAUCUGCACAUGGGACAGAUCCCUGUGCUCUUAAAUGGGCACAGGGCUGGGGAAAGUGUAUAGAUGUAUGUGAAGGGAGCUCUAGGGAAACGUUGGGGAGAUGGAUGGAAAAGACACAGGUAGGCUGUAGGCGAGGCUUACCUUGCAUGAGCUCAAGCAGGGUGGGAGUUAAGUGGAGAGAGACAGCGGGAGUACUGACAGCUGCCUUCCCCUCUUCUCCCCUUAGAACGCCUUCUGGUUCAGUCUAGGCUGGUGCACCAUCUUUCUGCUGCCGAGCAUCAUCUUGGCUGUGCGGCUUGCCAAGUUUUACCGCAGAAUGCACAUGGAUGACGUCUACACGUGAGGAUGGGUUAUACUUUUGCCUGUCACCCUGCCUAUGGCCAUGGAUCAGAUGCUUUACUUCUCUCCCCCCACCCCACUCUCAGUACUGUUCACUGAUUAUAGGCUUGGACACCCCGUAAGCCCUCCACCCUCCAGUUGGUUCCAUUACCUAGAAGUGCAAGUCCAGCUGUAGGGCUGCUCCCAUGGUAUUCUUGUAAACCAACAAUCCCUCUUGUGAAAGUGUCUGCUUUUAAGAUACUGAUGGAAAAGUGGGUUCUCCAGGGGAAGCCUCUAGGGGAAAGUGCUAACUGCCUUCCCUAGUAAAUGAAAAAGGGAAUGUUUUGACUUCCCACUUGCUUAUACAGUGGUACCUCGGGUUACAUACGCUUCAGGUUACAGACUCUGCUAACCCAGAAAUAGUACCUCGAGUUAAGAACUUUGCUUCAGGAUGAGAACAGAAAUUGCGUGGUGGCGGUGGCGCAGCGGCAGCAGCAGGAGGCCCCAUUAGCUAAAGUGGUGCUUCAGGUAAAGAACAGUUUCAGGUUAAGAAUGGACCUCCAGAAUGAAUUAAAUUCUUAACCCAAGGUACCACUGUACUCUGAAACAGCUUUCAACCUUUCUGGCAAAACAUGGUCCUGUGGAAGCCACACCAAUGCUGUGUUAUCUGAGUUUGUUGUCGUUGGCAUCCAUCCAUCUUGAGAGACAAUGGAGUGUGCCUCCAUGGGUGAAGUCAAAUUGCUGUGAUAGGGACAUCGAGGUGACCUCUCCAGGGCACAAGUCUGCGCAGUAUGAAGCAAUAACAAAAAAACCCCAUGACCCUGGGCACGAACUAGACUAGAGCCAUGACAAGUUCAAGAAACAAUUGCUCACGUGACCAGGGAGGAUUCUUGCUAUUAAGGCAGCAUUUCAGAGGGUGCAUAAUUCUAACCUUGCGGCUAAACUUCUUUGCACCCACUUUGGCUGUGCGAUGCCAGAAGUAGACCCAGAGAACACAUGUAAGACACCUUACUAUAUAAAGGAGCUAUGCUAGCUAGUGCUUAGGUGCACUGAGCUUGGUCGAUGGACAUGGGUUUUUCUGCUGUUCAACAGGCACCCAGGUUUGGCAGCACUGCUGAAAGGUUGCAUUGUCCUGCCAUCUGGUUCCAGUAUAAGCAGUUGGGGGUUAUAGUACUCUUCUUUUUAAUUCCCUUGCCCACAUUAGGGUUGAGAGAGCUUAGCAUGCAUUCUGGAAAGCCUUUGAGGAAGCUGUCAUAUAUCCCAUUGACAUUCUCUUUCUUUUACAAGGGAUGGUGCCAUGGAAAAUAUGGAACUGUAAGUAUCUUUUCCUACCUCCUGUCUAUGUUUGGUGUGGAGUUCAAAAGAAAGCCGCCUUAGAUGUAGGAAAUGACCAUGCAAUUUAAGUAAUGGGAAGGAGGUCCAGUACUGGAGAAAGGUGCUGAACAAGACCAUUUUGGGAAAGGAGCUCUGCCAAUUCAAAAUAUGAAGCUCUCUUGCUUUGGUGUUGGUGGCUGAGACAGAAGACAUUUAAUGCUCUGCAGGGUAUGCUUUUGGUCUUCUUUGCGCUAAGCUGAGCUUUCUGUUGCAUGCUGGCCCCAGCUGCACAGAGGCAGUCCCUGGGGUGCUGGUAAGAGGAAGUAUGGCUGGCAUUGUGCACAGAACCCACCAAAUCCUAUCUGAGCAUGAACUGAAUCUUAGCUGCAGGGAAUGCUUUUACAGUGGGUGGGGGCUAGGAAAGUAUUCAUCCCCACUUCCACUACAGGCCAAUAAGAGUGAUAUAGACCAGAGAGAUUUCUCCAAGUGUCAUUAGUUUUUUUUAUAAAAUCCUUAUUAGAAACCCCUUUCCGCUUCAUGCCCUGCCCAACCACCUAGCCUCAAGCUUAGAGUGCUCUUUCUACUUUUCUCCCUUUGCAGAUCAAGGCCACCACAUAUGUUCAAAAUGCCCCGAGCAGAGCUGAGGAACUAGCAGUUACCUUACCAAUUACCUUGCCACCUAUCGUUCUUGAGCAACACUGAGGAUGACACAUGAAUGUCUGCAGAACUGCUUUGCUUCUCUUCCCAAUGCGGAGCAUAAGGAUCACCACUCAGAAGCAAAUUCUCUCUGGCCAAGUUGGCUUAUCCUGCGAAUGACACCAUUAGGGGUAGCUGCAAGACAUGUUACACAAGAGCAGGCCUAGCUGUGUUCCCAAUACAUAGCCCCACGUGUGUGUGUGUGUGUGUGUGUGUGUGUGUGUGUGUUCUGUGUGUUUCUACCCUAAAGAUUAGGCUUGCAGUCUCUGCACUAUGACAUUUCUGCAAAGCCACAAUCCUCCCAUUGGGACUGUAGCUCCUUAUGCCACACUGUGGCAUGUAUAAGUAUUCUGGAGAGCCUGCCUCUUCUUUGAACACCAGUGCCUUACACAGUUAUAUGCCACUGAAUGAUCCUGCUGGCUUGGGUUGAUGGCUGACUGUGCUUGCUUUCUGUCCAUAAUAAUGAUGGUGGCUCCAGCGAAUGCAAUUAAUCCACCCAGAAGCAGCAAAACUCUUUCCCUGUCCCCAUCUCUAUUUGGGGUUCAGGAAUGCCGCCUGAUGCAGCUGAAUCCAGGAUUUUGUGUGACACAGCUAAAAUGACUGGUUGGGGAAGCGUUUUGGCAAUUCAAUUAUGGGCAUUACAAGAAGCAUCAUGCUGAGCAACAUGACAAUCCUCCCGCAAGGAAGUGGGAGCUGAUUUCAGUUUUAUUGGGACUACUUUAUUUUUUUAACCCUCUAUGGUUUUCUACUGUGUGUUUAAAUUUACAAAGCAAAAUCGUGUGCUCUAAAUCUAUUAAUAAUGAAGGUAUAACUGAAUUGUGUACAAUGCAUUGACAAUGCACUCUUAUUUAAAAAUGCUAAAUAGUGCCUUGCUGUCUCAGGGCAAUUUCUAUCUAUCCUUUACAACAGGGGUGAGGAUCUUGUGGCCUUCCAGAUGUUGUCUGACUCCAGCUCCCAUUAGCCCUAGCGAUUAUGGCAAAUGAUAAGGACUUAUGGAAGUUGUAGUCCAGCAACAUCUGGAGGGCCAUUCUCCAUUCCUGCUUAACAAGAAUCCCAGCAACCAGCAAGUGAUAGGUGGUCCCACCUUCUCCCCAUCCCUACUCUAGACUGGAAAGAAAGGAGCAAGUACUGUAUAGCAAAAGGAGGCUUAGCUAAAAAACAACAACCAAACAACGCAUACUGUAUGGUUCUGCUAAUCCACAUGUGCAGAAAGCACAUGUUGCCUUAGGCCACUCGUCAGCAACCUGUCCUCCAGAUGUUUCAGACGGUGAUUUCCCAAGGCAGUACCAUUGCUGAGGCCAAUGGGAAAUGCAGUCCUAAACAUCUGAAAAUCACCAAGUUAGCAAAGGCUGUUCUAAGUUGGUGGCUAGAACACUUUUUCACAUUUCAUGUCGUCCCUUGCUAUCUCAGGACAUGCAUUUGUAUGUUCCCCUAUUGUAUGAACUUCUUCUACCCCCCCUCCUUGAUUUGCAGUCUUUGGCAUUUUAUAUUUUCCCAAAACAAUGAAUUUAUACAAAUGCAUUGUGCCAAAAAAAAGUAGGUCUCACUGCGGACCGAAAACUCUAGUAGAACUGGGAAUGGCCUCAGCCUAACUUUCAUGCCUUCAAUCUAAACUGAGGGUGGAACUAAGGCGAACUUCUGUCUGUGGAAGGAUUUUUCCUUGUGCAACAAGAGUGUUCUCCCACUAAAUCUGUUUUAGGGGUUCCCCCAAUCCUUGGGAGAAAAUUUGGGGGGGUGCAGGACAUGCACGGGGGUAGGGGGGAAGUCCUGUUUGUGCAAGUGGAGACCGUUCUGCUUGUGAAAUAAUUUAGUUGAGCAUUGCCCAUGUGGUAGUAAAGCUUGUCUCUCUUUAAUGGGUUACAAGCUUUCAAAAAGAAAUCCAAGAAGUAAUCAGAAACAGCAUGUGCCAGAUUCCAAGAUACAUUGUACUACCUCCUUUAACAACCACCAGUGGGUUGUACAUUCCACCAGAAAUGCUGGUCUAAAUGUACGUAGAAUGUUUAUUGCCAAGGUUAGGAGUCUAGGUAGGCUGUAUGUUUUUAAAAUUUGGUCUCUGUUAUUGUAGUGAUGUAUUUUCCCAGGUGGAAAGAAGCCUCCCAUGCACCCCAUUCCUGUUUCUAAUAAAUUUCAAUUUGGAUUCCU